CCUUUGACAAACCUCUUUAUUAAUCCCACCAUCACCUAAAUCUCCCUCUUGCUGUUAGCUUCAUCCCUCCUCCCACUUUUCCUUCUCAAGCUCUGCCCUUCUUGCCUCACGGUUCACAGUCAACCUCAUCUCCAUCCGGAGCCUGCCUGCCGCUACGUUCCCCUGAGCCUCCGAGGAGGGGGCUCAGGGUGUCCGAUGGCCUCCAGCCUUCCGAGUCCCUACCACCCUGGUGGGCCAGGGGACGUGCCUCCACGAUGGGCAACGGCACGUGGGAGGGCUGCCACGUGGACUCCCGUAUGGACCACCUCUUCCCGCCCUCCCUCUACAUUUUCGUCAUCGGCAUGGGGCUGCCCACCAACUGCCUGGCUCUGUGGGCGGCCUACCGCCAGGUGCGACAACGCAACGAGCUGGGUAUCUACCUGAUGAACCUCAGCAUCGCCGACCUGCUGUACAUCUGCACGCUGCCGCUGUGGGUCGACUACUUCCUGCACCACGACAACUGGAUCCACGGCCCCGGCUCCUGCAAGCUCUUCGGCUUCGUCUUCUACACCAACAUCUACAUCAGCAUCGCCUUCCUCUGCUGCAUCUCCGUGGACCGCUACCUGGCCGUGGCCCACCCGCUGCGCUUUGCCCGCCUGCGCCGCGUCAAGACGGCCGUGGCCGUGAGCUUCGUGGUCUGGGCCACAGAGCUGGGUGCCAACUCGGCGCCCCUGUUCCAUGACGAGCUCUUCCGCGACCGCUACAACCACACCUUCUGCUUCGAGAAGUUCCCCAUGGAGGGCUGGGUGGCUUGGAUGAACCUCUACCGGGUCUUCGUGGGCUUCCUCUUCCCGUGGGCCCUCAUGCUGCUGUCGUACUGCGGCAUCCUGCGGGCCGUGCGGGGCAGCGUGUCCACUGAGCGCCAGGAGAAGGCCAAGAUCAAGCGGCUGGCGCUCAGCCUCAUCGCCAUUGUUCUGUUCUGCUUCGCGCCCUACCACGUGCUCCUGCUCUCCCGCAGCGCUGUCUACUUGGGCCGCCCCUGGGACUGUGGCUUUGAGGAGCGCGUCUUUUCGGCAUACCACAGCUCGCUGGCCUUCACCAGCCUCAACUGUGUGGCCGACCCCAUCCUCUACUGCCUGGUCAAUGAGGGCGCCCGCGGUGACGUGGCCAAGGCUCUGCACAACCUGCUCCACUUCCUGGCCAGCAACAAGCCCCAGGAGAUGGCUAACGUCUCGCUUACCCUGGAGACCCCGCUCACGUCCAAGAGGAACAGCGUGGCCAGAGCCUUGGUGGGCUGGGCGACAGUACCUCCCACCCAGGGGGACCAGGUGCAGCUGAAGAUGCUGCAGCCCCUGACACAGUGAGCCCC